AUUUCCGGAUGCUUGCUUUGAAAUUCUACACGCUCUUGUCUGAGAAUAACUUUUCAAGUUGUUGGCACGGAGUAAGGCUACAGAGAUGAAAUCUGCCUUCCUAUGCAAAGAUCACAUGGUUUCACUAUGACCAAAGCCAUCCAGCCAAUUGGUCCUUUCCCUCCUUUAGAGGACCCUUAGUUUCCCAAUGGUUUACAGCAGAAGCACUCCAGUUCUGUCUCUCCUUCUGUAAAAGACAUUGGAUAAAGUUUGACCCCAUCACCACCAUGGCAGCUAUCCUAGAUGCACCCUGCUUGUCAGAGCUCGGCGGACUGCAUCACAAGAAUCUCAGUCUUGUCUCUGGAACUCGACCCUGCAACAGGAGCACCAUUCGAACUUCAAACUACUCACCACAAGCCACUGCAGCCUUUGCCAUCGCCAUCACCUUUAUGAUGAUCUUGACCAUAGUCGGGAACAUCCUGGUCAUCAUCGCAGUCCUAACGUCCCGAUCCCUAAAGGGGGUGCAAAACCUCUUCCUGGUCUCACUUGCUGCAGCAGAUAUUUUAGUCGCCACCCUAAUUAUUCCCUUCUCGUUGGCCAACGAGUUGCAGGGCUACUGGGCAUUCAGUUCCAUUUGGUGUGAAAUUUAUCUGGCACUAGAUGUUCUCUUCUGCACGUCCUCCAUUGUGCACCUGUGUGCAAUAGCUCUGGACCGUUACCUGUCAAUCUCUCGGCCUGUGUCUUACGGCACCAAACGCACAUCCACGCGCAUCAAGGUGGCCAUUAUCAUCGUCUGGCUGAUUUCUGCAGUAAUCUCGUUCCCUCCUCUCCUCACCUUGGACAAGAGUGAAGGAGGUGAAGAGAAGUGUGAGCUAAACAGCGAACGUUGGUAUAUCCUCUACUCCACCGUUGGCUCAUUCUUUGCCCCCUGUGUGAUUAUGAUUCUUGUUUACAUUAGGAUUUAUCAGAUUGCCAAGCAGCAUACUCGCCACCCACCUGGACAGAAACACAAGCCAGUGGAAGGAGUUAAUGUUGGUGUGGGAGUCAAUGAGCCUGCUGCGAAGUUACCUGAGCUAUUGCAGAAAACUGAGAACCAUGGAAGCCCUACUCCUAGCCAACAAAAAUUAGAUUCCAUAACAUCCCCGUCAGAUUCCACACAGUCUUCACUUAAGAAGCCAGUCAAAGAAACCAACAAGCAUCAUCCUCCUCAGUCGAGUACAGAACAAAACCCUGUUUCAGUUCCACCAUGUGAAAACCCAGGCCGUACCGCUGUUUCCCACACAAAGACCCAAAAGCAACUGGAGUCAGGCAAGGAAGAACAUCCUGAUAACACCUCCAGCUCUGGCUCCGAUGCUGAUUUGGAAAAUGACGAGGGUGGCCAUCAAGCAGAGGAGGCCGAACGAAAUGAAAACAAUCCUGACAGACAAAAUUUGGGGCUUUCCCAAAACACAAUGAACAAAAGUCAGGUUGCGAGUCUGGCCUGCAGACACAAAAACACAAUUAUGACAUCAUCUGGAACCAAACUAGUCCCUGAGGACAUGUCUAAGACUCAGGGGACACCCAUUUCCCGGCGUAAAGCCAUGAUGAACAGGGAGAAGAGGUUCACCUUUGUCCUGGCUGUCGUCAUGGGAGUGUUUGUCGUCUGCUGGUUCCCCUUUUUCUUUUCGUACUCUCUGAAGGCAGUGUGUCCCAACACUUGCAGCAUACCCGACCCUCUAUUUAAAUUCUUCUUUUGGAUCGGCUACUGCAACUCCUGUCUCAACCCUGUCAUUUACACCAUCUUCAACAAAGACUUCAGAAGGGCUUUCAAGAGGAUACUUUCCAGGGACACAAAGGGUACAUUCUUUUAAGGGAGACACCAUUGCCGUGUCUUGAACUACACUUAGAUGAAAAGACUGACCAGAAAUGAGUUCCAUCUUUCUACGCUGCCUGCAUUUGACAGGGGUUGAUUUUGUGCUGCAUGGACGUAAACACUUGUACAUUAAAGGGGAAAUUGCUUUUUUUUUUUUGUUUUUCCUCGCUUGCAACCGCAUCACAGCAAGCUUUGACAAAAAAGGAGAAGCCACAGUAAAGUGGUGAAAAUCAAUGAUCUUUAAUCUUAUUUAAGAAUGCAGUAAUUGUAUAUUUUGUGGAUCUGAAGAAAUAUUGAUUCAUCUGCAUCAUAAAAGAAAAAUCAAAAGAAUUUAGGCUCUGUGAUUACAAAUAUUGUGAUAAUGUGUGUUUGUGUUUGCUGGUGUAAAUGCAGAGGAGAGGAGUUGCCCAAGGGUCUAACCGGCAGAGAACAAAUAUCACUAAGUGUCCUUUAUCAGAGAUAAAAUGGGCACUGAGGGAACACAAGAUGAAGGAAAACAUCUUCAUCCCUGUACCCCUCCAGCUCUUUCUUUUUUUCUUUCUUUCUUUCUUUCUUUCUUUCUUUCUUUCU